AUGGCAGCUCCGUCGCUGCCGUCGCAGAUUGUGCAGUUCAACAGCAAGGCGAUGGAGGACAAGCUCAAGAGGCUGGCCCUCAAAGUGAGCCAUCAUGAGGACAACAUUAGGUUCCUCAAAUCCCAACUCAAUGCCGUUGAAGAGGCCUGCAUCGACCUAGGAAUCAAACUUGGGAAUUAUCAUUCAUCCGUGGCCGCUGUUGUGAAUAAUGAUACUUCUGCUCAAGAGGCUGAACAGCGUACUAUCCGAAGUAUACUUGAUCAAGACAAUACAGCAGCUGGGAUUAUAUGCCAAUUGAAAGUCCGUCAUCAUGAGCUAGCAUCUAAGAUGCCACUGAUGAAAGAUAUACUUGGUUUUGUGGCUACAUUGGGAAAAGUAGAUAAUGACAACCUCAGCAGGCUUCUCACAGAGUACUUGGGAAUGGAUAAUAUGCUUGCUCUUGUUUGCAAGACUUAUGAUGGUGUUAAGGGUCUUGAGAAAUACGACAAGGAUGGCAUCAUUGAUAAGACCAGUGGCGUUCAUGGACUUGGUCGCUCUGUUGGAAAAUUUCUGGAUGGAAGAUUUACUGUCUUUUGUCUUGAAAACUUGAGGCCAUUUUCUGGUGAUGUUAACAUUGACGAUCCGCAGAGAAGGCUUAUUUUACAUAGACCAAGGUUGCCUGGAGGGCAGCCUCCUCCUGGUUUUCUGGAUUUUGCAGUAAAUAUGAUCCAUCUGGACCGAGCACACUUGAGUUGCCUCACAGCCAGUGGCCAUGGUCUUAGGGAAACUUUGUUUUAUACUUUGUUUUCCCAUUUACAAGUUUAUAAGACUAGAGCUGACAUUCAAAGUGCUCUUCCACUGAUAAAAGAUGGUGCUGUUUCUCUAGAUGGUGGUAUACUAAGACCCAAUGGCUCGUUCUGCCUUGGCGAUAGCCAAAAUCUUGAAGUGAAAUUUCCUGUAAACAUUGAGGUUUCAAGUUUACCUGAAAAUAUCGCUGAAAUGGAGGAGCAAGUUAAACUUAAGAAUUGGGAGAAGGAAAGGGUUCUUGAAGAUAUGAAAAGGGAGGAGGAUUUGCUGAAACAAGUUAAGGAAUUAUACAUGAAGCAGAAGCAAGAGCUCAUGGAUUAUCUCACUCAUCCAGCAGUGACACAGACGUGGCGUGAUUCGCCAACAACUCAUUCACCUGCAACUCCUGGAAGUAAUCCAUUUGGAGCCAAGCCCUCCCACAAGCGCUGGUAG